AUGGCAAUGAUAAGAGGGAGUCCUAGUGAUUCAUAUAAGGAGUUGCCGAAGUAUUUUUAUAUGUUAGAGCAAACAAAUCCAGGAAUGGUUACAAAGUUGCACAAAUCAGAAGAUGGAUGCUUUCUUUAUGCAUAUGUUUCGCUAUAUGCAUCUAUCAAGGGCUGGGAGCAUUGCAGACCAAUAAUGGUUGUUGAUGGAAGUUUCCUUAAAGCAGCAUAUAAAGGUACCAUAUUGACUGCUUGCACACACGAUGGAGCUGUUGGAAAAACCCUUCCACUUGCAUAUGCAAUUGUAGAUUCAGAGAAUAACAAAUCUAGGGAGUGGUUCUUUGUCCAGAUAAAGGGUACUUUUGGAGUUAGGGAAGGGAUGUGUAUAGUUUCAGAUAGAAAUGAAAGCAUCUUCAAUGCCACAAAAGCUGUGUACCCAGAAGUACCACAUUGUAUUUUCAUGUUUCACUUGUGGCAGAAUGUAAAGCGCACAUUCAAGAAACAUCACAAACAAUUGAAGGAUAUCUUCUUUGCUUUGGCUAGAGCUUACACGGUAGAGAAGUUUGAGUACCAUAUGACAGAGAUGUGCAAAAUUGAUCCGAGAGUGCAGCCUUACUUGUUCGAAAUUGGGUACGAAAGGUGGUCUAGGGCAUAUUCCAAAGUGAAAAGGUCGAUGGUAAUGACUUCCAAUAUUGCAGAGUCAAUUAAUGCAGCAAACAAGGAUGCUAGAGAGUUACCAGUAAUGCGAUUGCUGGAGUACAUGACAAAUUUGCUACAACAGUGGAACAACAAAAAUAGAAAAAGUGCAAUGGAGACAUCUAUAGAGCUUGGCGAAAAGUACGACAAACUCCAUCGGGAAAAUCUGAUUGCAUCGGAGCAAAUGACGGUGAGGCUUGCCAUGGAGAAGUUAUAUACUGUGUUUGAAAGGUUAAGGCGAAAGAUAGUGGUUUUGAAGAACCAGCAGCUGAAACCUGGCCAGUAUUGCUCUUUUUACUACAAGAAGGAUAAACUCCUUAGAACUUAUGAAUUUCCAGUGAAUCUGAUGCCAGAUGAGAGUCUAUGGGUAAUCCCUACAGAGGUGAUGGAAGAUGUGGUCCUACCACCUAAAGGGAGAAGGAAUGCAGGAAGGCCAAGAAAGGAAAGACUCAAACCUGCUUCAGAAAAAGAGUCUAAGAGGGCAUUUUCAUGUUCUGUGUGUGGACAAGGUGGUCACAAUAGAAAAACAUGUAGGAAUCGACCAAAAUAG